AUGGAAGACUCGAAAGGCUCCGCCCUUUCCAAGCAGCUGGUCGUCAACACUCUUUUGGGCUACGGUAUCUUUGGUGCUGUGCAGGUUCUCUACCGCUUGAUAUGGGGAUGGCGAGCAUCCUCUCGGAUGAAAGGCCUUCUAGAAGAUGUGCCCGCCACGAAGGGAGCCGGGCACGAUGCACCUGCUGGCUGGCUCAAGGACCUUACAACGAACCUCUACCGUAUUCACGACUGGCGUCUUGAAAUCUGCGAUGGGCAACCGAUUUCCAAGAACGUGGGCUUCAGCUGGCACCCUGGGAUGUACACCUUGAUCGCAAACGAUGCGGAGAUCGUGCGUCACAUCUUGAAGGAUGAGUUCAACAAGUACACGAAGCCAGAAUGCUUGUACGAUCCGUUCUUCUUCUACUUCCAGGAGUUCCUGGGCGAUGGAAUUUUCGUGAGCAAGCAUGGCGUAGGUUCUGAAGAUCGCGGUCAAGACUGGGGCCACAUGCGCAAGGUUUCGUCGCAGAUCUUCAGUCGGAAGAAUUUCAACUCACUGAUGAACGAAGUCUUCGUGGAGAAGGCAGAGAUAUUGCGUCGUUUUCUGCAGAAAUCUCGAGACGAAAAGAAGCAGGUGGACAUACAAUCUUGCUUCUUCAAUUUCACUUUCGAUAGCAUCAUGCGCAUCUUCUUUGGCGAAGAGUCCAACACGGCUGUCGGGGUUCCGAACAAGUACGGCAAGGCUUUCGACGCUGCACAGAACAACAUGCGGAAUCAUGCUGUGGAUUCGCUGGCACCCUUCAUGUUUUUCAGCACGUUCCUGCCGUGGCCUUUCGGUGGCCGACACGGAGGAUUGGCUCGUUGGCUGUGGGACUGGUCAUCCUCGAGGUUCCGGACGCUGAAGUCAUCCUGCCGGGUGCUCGAUCGGGAGGCCGACCGUCUGGUCAAGAAGUGUCGGGACGAUCCGAAGCUUCCCGAGCGACGAGACUUACUCGCGCUGUUUAUCCAGGCGAAGUUCAGCACGGACUUCGUGAAGCAGAUGGUGUUGCACUUGAUCAUUGCUGGGAGAGACACCACGGCUUGCCUAUUGUCAUGGGCGUUCUACGAACUCACCCGGAACCCAAAGGUUCAGUCUCGACUUCAUGACGAGAUUAUGGAGAAGCUGCCACCAGGCACGAAGCUUGACAUGAAGAGCCUAACCGCGAGUGAAAUGCCAUACCUGAAUGGCGUGAUGUACGAAGCCCUUCGUCUGUGGCCUCCGGUGCCCUUCGACCCGAAGAUGGCUUUCGAAGACGACGUCCUGCCCGGUGGGUGGAAAGUGCCAGCCCUGGCACAGGUGGCUUACUGCCCCUACAACAUGGGCCGGGAUCCAAAACGAUACCCAGAACCCGAGGCUUUCCGCCCAGAACGAUGGAUCCCGUUUACAGCACCGUCUCAACACGAGUUCCCCGUCUUCCAAGCGGGACCGCGGAUUUGCCUCGGCAUGGACAUGGCUCUCUUCGAAGCGAAGACAGCUGCAGUGGAGUUGCUUCGUCACUGCCGAUUCGAGAUGGUACCCGGACAGAACAUCACCUACGGUGACAAGAUUACCCUUGACAUCAAGAGCAAUGGCAAGGAGGAGUUCCUUGUCCAUGUCAGGGAGUGGUAG